AUGGAUAGGUAUAAAUUGGAUGUUGCCAGUGCCGGUAAAAAUUUCACAAAGAUAAGGAAGGCUAUUGCUUUCGGAUUCUUCUUUCAUGCUGCAAGAAAAGAUCCUCAAGAAGGUUACAGAACCCUAAUGAAGAACCAACCAGUCUACAUUCAACCCAGCAGUGCUAUCUUUCAAAGGCAACCAGAUUGGGUUAUAUAUCAUGAGCUUGUCAUGACAACAAAGAAGUACAUGUGCGAAGUUACCGUUAUUGAUCCCAAAUGGCUCGUAGAAUUCGCACCUAGAUUUUAUAAAUCAUCAGAUCCAACAAAGAUGAGCAAGCGAAAGCGUCAAGAGCGAAUUGAGCCUCUCUAUGACAGAUAUAAUGAACCAAAUUCAUGGCGUUUGAGCAAGCGCCGUACUUGA